AAUUAUUAUACACCUAUUUCAUUCUAUCUCUCUGUCUGUUUCUCUCUCAUCACCCGCCUCAAUCCCCCCAAUUCUCCCUGUCCCUCUCUCUCUCUACAAUCCGAAUGCGGAACCCGUAUCGGAGCUCUUAGCCUCUCUGCACAGUGCCUCCGAUUCCGAUGCUCUGAUAGCUUUGUUCGCCGGAGAGACUCUCGCGAACCGCUUUUCUGGCGUGGUUGGUUGCGUUUGCGAGUUUUCUCUAGGGUUUUUGGUUCGGUACGAUAGCGAUUCUGAUCGCUCUCCUCAAGACGAAGAAGAAGACGAUUACGACGUGGUUGGUGGUGCCCGCUAGGGUUUUGUAGCGUCGAUGGCUCCGACGCGUAAACGUGGAGCGAAAGGACCGAAGGGGAAGAGUAAGUUGCGUCUCGGUGAUCUGGUUCUCGCCAAGGUCAAGGGCUUCCCUGCAUGGCCUGCUAAGAGUUUGUGUAACACGACAAAGCUUCAAAAAGUUGUUCACUCCAAAAUUAGCAGGCCGGAAGAUUGGAAGCGAGUUCCUGACCCCAAGAAGUAUUUUGUUCAAUUCUUUGGAACAGCAGAAAUAGCUUUUGUUGCCCCUGUGGAUAUUCAGGCAUUUACUAGUGAGGCGAAAAAUAAAUUGUCAGCUCGAUGCCAAGGUAAAACAGUUAAACACUCCGCUCGAGCUGUGAAGGAAAUCUGCGAAGCAUUUGAAGACUUGCAACAAAAAAAUUCUAGUGGUUUAAGAGAUGAUACUGAUAGAUCAGCUCUUAGUGAUGAGGCUCUAUCUGUUGAUGGAGUGGAAGAUGAUGCAGUAGAAGUUGACUUACAAGAUGGAAAUGGUAGAGAUGGAGCAAAUGGAGAAACGGAGAUUAGGGGUCUGGGUGAUCACAGUAGUGGGUUGGAGCGUUGCUCACAGAGGUAGAGUGUGAUGGAUUGCCAAGAUACAAAACCUAGUGUGCCAGGCAAAGCUAAUGAUAUACAGUGGUAAUUUUGUAAAUUUAACUCCUAUGUAGAGGCUUAAGGGACUUCUAGAUACACUAACUAAAUUUAUCGUUGUUGUCUUAUAAGAUGUAUUAUAAACCUCUAUCUUAUGGAUGAAAUAUCAUACUUAACAUGAAUGAAUAUAGGAGCCUGUUUGGUUCAA